AUGACCUCGAUAAGUCAAAUGGCAUUCACAUCAAAUAGUCAAGAUAGUGACUCCUUCUCACUGCAUCCGAAACAGGAAACUGUUGUACUAGAAGAUUCUCAAAAGUCAAAACAAGUCUUUGAAGAAGCUAAGAAAACUGUUGUACUAGAGGAUUCUCAGAAAUCCAAACAAGUCCUCGAAGAAGCUAAGGAAACGGUUUUGGAUCCAUGUACUGUAUUUCACCCAAUCAGUAAAGGGUUCAUAGAUCUUAGUGGUCUUUCGUCGUUUGGUAACGAGAACAAGCCAAUGCCAUGGAACUCUCGUGGGUACGAUUCCGGCAAAAACUACACCAUAGGCAUCUGCUCCAACCCAUUCAAGAAACACCACGAUAAUUUGAAUGAAAUACAGGAUAACGUCAAUGCGACUAAUAUUGGAGCUUUCUACGUUGACCCCGUAACUAACAAAUACGUUUCAAUUGGCGAGUUUUCAACAGAGCCAAAAUUCAGAGGAAGAAAACUAACGUUGACUUAUGAGAAUGGGUCGUAUUGCGAUGCUCAAGAUUCCAAAACUGGAAAUAGGCUACGUAAGGCAACGAUAUUGACAUUCACAUGCGAUAGAGAAAUGUCAGCUAGAGCUGUAAUUUCGUAUAUCGGAAACUUUAAUGACUGCUCCUAUUUCUUCGAAGUCAAGAGUCACCACGCCUGUCCCACGGCCGCAAAAGCAAAUAACCUCGCAGCAGUGUGGAUUUUUUUGCUCAUCUUUUGUGCUGCACUCCUUGUUUAUCUCAGUGGUGGAUUGUUGUAUAGACAAAUGAAGUUAAACAAAACUACAAGGAUAGGAAAAGUAUAA